AUGUCAACCUCGGAAAAGACAUCAAUGAAACGACGUGUUCCAGAUGGUCAACGCCGACGAGCUCAAACAUCUUGUGACCGUUGCAAGAAGCGCAGGAUCAAGUGCACGCGGAAUGAAGGUUUCAACGGAUCAUGCAAGCCUUGCAUUGACGCAGGCUACCAUUGCGAGUCCACCUUACCUCGUAAAAAGAAAAUCUACGGUAGUGCAGAGACAUUGUCCUUGCGGUAUCGAGCUCUACAUGCCCUGGUCAAAGGUAUCUUCGCCAAUGAAGAUAUCGACGAUACACAGACCUUGUUCCGUUUAGCUCAAGAGCGACAGAUCUCGAUGCCGCAGGAGGACGAUGCUUCAAUCGCGACUGAAGCCUUCGGUGACGCCUUCUCAGCAACGAGUCUGACACCAGAUUCAUGCUUGCUGCCAGAAUUAACCACACGUUGGCCGUCCAAUAUCGACCAAGUCGUUCAGAAAGCUGUGGUCAACCUGCGUGAGGAGACUUGCAUUCCCGCACCUCAUGGUGUUGCGCACUACCUUGGUCCUGCCUCGUCCUUUGAGUUCGCAAGCGCUGUGCGUCGCCUAGUCGCCAAGCGUAACAAGAGCACCGAGAAUGGUUCAGUGGGGCACGACAGACGCAGUCAGUUACGUACCGAGUUCGCCAAUCUAGAGGUCAGUAUCGCCAUGGAGCCUCGAAUUCCAGAGCAUCCCGCUUCAACUGUGAGGAAAGAGGGCAAUGACAAGGACUCGCCUGAGACAUUAUCAGCACAAACAACUCCACAGACGACUGUCGGAACCAAUACGACCGCAACAAAUGGAUCUUUAUCGCCUUACCGCCGGUGGGUCCAGUCUCUUUUGCCAUCGCGACAAGUUACUGACAGCCUUGUGCAUGCCUUCUUUGACAAGGUGCACUCUGACUACGCACUAUUCCACCGGGGAGCGUUCCAUACUCGCUACGAAUCUAUAUGGCAUCGCACUCCAUCAUACACAUACGAAGCUGAACCUGGUUGGCUCUGCUGCCUGUUCAUGGUUCUGGUCUUUGGUGCGCAAGCUCGAGAAGAUCACAAUCUAGACGAUGCGCUGGACUUGCAGAGACGGUUCCUGAGAUUUGUGAGGGAACGCUUUCCACACUUGUCACUUACAGCGAGUCUCGCGAACGUCCAGGCUUUAUUGCUUCUGCAGCUGUACGAGCACAAUGCCGGAGAAAGAAACACCUCAUGGAUACUGCUUGGUCAGGCAGCGCGUAUGGCAAUAGCACUAGGCAUGCACAGAGAAGGCACUAGUCACAACUUUGAUUCUAUUGAACGCAACACUAGACGUAUGGUCUGGCAUACUUUAUACUCCUUCGAGCAAUAUGCUGCCCUCUCGCUUGGCCGACCAUCAACUGUUAAAGCCUUGGAGGUCAAUGUUACACUGCCUGAUGAGAUGAUCAUAGAUGGUGGCGACCACCCACAAAAUUACUUCAAGCACGCUUCUGCAUUACUGGAUCUGUCGUCCAAAAUCCGGCACUUCGCGACAGCAGCAUCGCCGGAUUGCUUCGAUCAAGCCAGCUUGACAUCCCUGUCUGGAAGCGCCACUGCUCUGUUGACUGAGCUGGAAGAAUGGUUUGAAGGUCUGCCGCAACACUUACUGCCUGCGUGGAGAUUCGUCGACCAAAAGCAUCAACGAGCUGUGGGUUUGCUGCAUAUCCGAUAUCACCACUUGUCGUCAGUCCUCACCAGGCCAUAUCUUCUCUACAUGAUCCAUGCGAAUCUGGACCAGCGGCUCGACGCCGUCGCUUCCGAAGCAACAGUCUUGGAUCCGACCAUCAACUCCCUUGGUCACUAUUGUAUCCAGUCGUCUUUGGCUGUAUCGAAAUUGCUGACACAAUUGUCCCUGUCUGACGUUCUGCAAGGAGCUACGUGGACCGAUUUCUUCUAUCUGUAUCACGCAAUGUUGGUGCUCUGUCUGCCCUUUCUCGGCCAUCACAAUGCUGGUAUCGUUGGUGCUCCUGCCGUAGACGACAGUAGUCGACUCGAAGUGCUCAAUAUGAUCUCACUGUGCCACAAGCAUAGAUUGAGUCCUACUUACCACAUACUGUCGCAAGUCAGCAUUCAAUUUGCGCGUAUAGUUGGGUUAGCAGGCGAUAGCCCCCCUUCUAGAGAUGAGCAAGUCGGUGACUCGCACGCUGCAUCCACUGGACGAGCCAUCAAUCUUGGCACAGGUGUAGGUCACGACAUUGUCAUGCCCUAUGCUGAACCUUUCUCGGAUCUUGGCCACUUCAGCAACGACGACAUGUUUCUGGAUUUCUUCAAUGUGAGUGGUGUCGACGAUGCGACUAUUGUGACGAAUCAUUCAGUUGCACAUUACUCGACCCCUUUCUCCUCAUUGUACGGCAUUGGACCCAUACCGUCGUAUGGCGAGCGCUGGUACUGA